AUGCUCCUCCAACAUGCGUUACUAACGUACAAUGUACUAGUUCAGCACGGUUGUAUUGUCAACUUCGAUAAAUCACAUCUAAUUCCGUCUCAACGACUUCAAUUCCAAGCUCUGACAGUAGAUACAGUGUUUUCCUGUUCUAUAGCUGCACCUUGUUUUACACAGAACACAAAGCUUAUUGCACAUCAGACAUCUAAGGCAGAAUGUUUUGCACGGAAAUCAUUUCUUGUUAUACAUGAGAGAAGUCACACCGGAGAGAAGCUAUUUUCAUGUUCUGAGUGUGGGAAAUGUUUUACAUCCAAAUCAUAUUUUGUCAUACAUCAGAAAACUCACAUAGGUGAGAGUCCAUUUACAUGUUCUGAGUGUGGAAAAUGUUUUACACGGAAAUUACAUCUUGUUCAACAUGAGAGAAGUCACACCGGAGAGAAGCCAUUUUCAUGUUCAGAGUGUGGGAAAUGUUUUGCACUGAAAUCAACUCUUAUCAGACAUGAGAGAAGUCACACCGGAGAGAAGCCAUUAUCAUGUGCUGAGUGUGGGAAAUGUUUUACAGUGAAAUCAACUCUUAUUAGACAUGAGAGAAGUCACACCGGAGAGAAGCCAUUUACAUGUUCUGAGUGUGGGAAAUGUUUUACACAGAAAUCAUUUCUUGUUAUACAUGAGAGAAGUCACACCGAAGAGAAGCCAUUUUCUUGUUCUGAGUGUGGAAAAGGUUUUUCACACAAGUCAUAUCUUGUUAUACAUGAGAGAAGUCACACUGGAGUGAAGCCAUUUACAUGUUCUGAGUGUGGGAAAUGUUUUUCACUGAAAUCGAAUCUUGUUCAACAUGAGAGAAGUCACACCGGAGAGAAGCCAUUUUCAUGUUCUGAGUGUGGAAAACGUUUUUCACACAAAUCAUGUCUUGUUACACAUGAGAGAAAUCACACCGGAGAGGGGCCAUUUUCAUGUUCUGAGUGUGGGAAAUGUUUUGCACAGAAAUCAACUCUUGUUAUACAUGAGAGAAGUCACACCGGAGAGAAGCCAUUUCCAUGUUCUGAGUGUGGGAAAUGUUUUUCACUGAAAUCGAAUCUUGUUCAACAUGAGAGAAGUCACACUGGAGAGAAGCCAUUUUCUUGUUUUGAGUGUGGAAAAGGUUUUUCACACAAGUCAUAUCUUGUUAUACAUGAGAAAAGUCACACCGGAGUGAAGCCAUUUACAUGUUCUGAGUGUGGGAAAUGUUUUUCACUGAAAUCGAAUCUUGUUCAACAUGAGAGAAGUCACACUGGAGAGAAGCCAUUUUCUUGUUCUGAGUGUGGAAAAGGUUUUUCACAAAAGUCACAACUUGUUACACAUGAGAGAAGUCACACUGGAGAGAAGCCAUUUUCUUGUUCUGAGUGUGGAAAAGGUUUUUCACACAAGUCACAUCUUGUUACACAUGAGAGAAGUCACACAGGUGAGAGGCUAUUUUCAUGUUCUGAGUGUGGGAAAGGGUUUAUACGGAAAUCACAUCUUGUUACACAUGAGAGACGUCACACAGGUGAGAAGCCAUUUUCAUGUUCUGAGUGUGGGAAAAGUUUUAUACAGAAAUCACAUCUUGUUCAACAUGAGAGAACUCACAGACGUUUGAAACCAUUUGCAUGCUCUGAGUGAUUAAUAAAUCACCUCUUGUUGGACACAGUAGACAUCACACAGGUGGGGAACCAUUUUAAUCUUCUGGAGUAUACUCAUCUUCACCAUUUCCCUGCAUUGUUCCUUCAGGUUUUAUCCUAUGUCCUGUGUUUUUUUUUUUACAAUAUACAUGCUGCUACUGGGUGAAAUAAUAAGACGUCAUGUCCUCCUUUACCUCUACUAUGCAGAUAACCUGUCUUUGCUCCAGGUACUGAAAACAAUACCAAUACUAAAUGUCUAGCUGAGCUCCAGGUGUGGGUGAUGCCAGUUGGCCGUGACUCAGUCCUAGCGAAACAGGUCCAUAUGCUAAUGCACGCCGACUCGCUGUCUUCUGAUUACUUCCUCCCACUCCUAUCCAAGAUUUUUCACGUGCUGCUCCCU